ACAACAAGUAAUACAAUACACACUCAGCAGAGAAACUCAGGUUGCUGGGGGUAGUUUUCAGAUCAGCAUCUGUCAUAAUUAUACUGUGUGGGAAAAGACUUGAAGAACCGGUGCUGGGGAGAGGAUUUGGUCAUCAGCUGUUUGGAUGAGAUUUAUGGACCUAACGCCAUCUACUGUGAAGUGUCGUGAUUCAGAAGCUCUGUGACGGCAAAGCUACACUCACCUCACCCGGCAAAACACGUAAAAUAACACUGUCAGGAUUGUUUUUUUAUUUGACUGCGAGUAUUUUACGACAACGGUGGCAUCUUACAUGACUGGAAAAUGCAUCAUCAUCGGAGCAACACACCGUUGUCUUGGCCUAUCCAAAAUAUUUCACAAGAAGAAGGAAUCGCACUGAUCUCUCUGUAAGGGUGCUUAUGCCAUACAAGAAAGCUACAAAUUCCUGUCCGGGGACUUUGGACAUAGCCUACUGGGACAUUAAAGAUCCCAUUCAUUAGAUUUACUUAAUUCUUCAGCACCACAGUGCACACAACCUUGAAUUUGCAAUUGGAUGACAGUAGGGUGUUUGACUGAUCAUCCAGGAAUAAAAACAGAUGUGAAUGGAAACAUGGAUAUCCUGCUCUAACUCUCUUCAUCACACCCUUAAAAUAAAGAUAGAUUAAUUGCGGAUCAACAGUAGUCAUGCACAGUCCAGCUCCUGAUAUUGUGGCUGGGUACACCAGUGGGUGUGUGGCGGAUAAAGAUGCCAAUCCAGAGACGACCCUGGGCAGUGCCUACUCUCCUGUGGACUACAUGAGCAUCACCAGCUUCCCCAGGCUGCCAGAGGACGACGCGCAGUCUGGGGAAAACACUUUAAAAUCUCGAAAAGAUGAUGACAACGUCCUCAGUGAGCAAGAUACAGACCCGGAUCUGUUUCUGAAAUCGGCUCGUCUGCAACGUCUCCCCUCCUCAGCUUCUGACCUGGCUAGCCAUGAUAUCGCAUCUCUGCGGGAGACCAAUAAAGACCCUUUUACAGAAGACUGUGCCUGUCAGCGAGAUGGACUCACGGUCAUCAUCACAGCCUGCCUCACUUUUGCCACAGGAGUCACUGUAGCUCUUAUCAUGCAGAUCUACUUCGGAGACCCACAGAUCUAUAACCAAGGCGCAGUGGUGACGGAUGUGGCCCAGUGUACAUCUCUUGGCUUUGAAGUUCUGGGGAAACAGGGGUCCAGUGUCGACGCAGCCAUCGCCGCUGCCCUCUGUUUGGGAAUUGUCCACCCUCACACUUCUGGUAUUGGAGGUGGUGGAGUUAUGUUGGUUCAUGACAUCCGAAAGAACGAGACGAGGAUAAUCGACUUCAGAGAGACGGCACCAUCUGCCAUUCAGGAGCAGAUGCUGCAUAUGGACCUUGAUCAAAAUCCGGGCCUGCUGGUGGGAGUACCAGGCAUGCUCAGCGGGAUGCAUCAAGCACACCAGCUCUAUGGCAGAAUGCCAUGGAAGGAUGUGGUUACCAUGGCAGCAGAUGUGGCCAGAAAUGGAUUUAAUGUAACUCACGACCUAGCUGAAGCACUGGCAAACGUUAAGGACCAAAACAUUUCGGACCUAUUUCGGGAAUUGUUCCUUCCAAAUGGCCAGGCUCCGCUCUCUGGGCUGUUCACCACACGUCUUGAUUUAGCAGCCAUCUUGGAUGCAGUUGCAGCUAACGGGAUGUCGGAGUUCUACAGUGGCAACCUGACGCAGGAGAUGGCAGCAGCAGUGCAAGCAAGAGGCGGGGUGCUCACUGAGGAUGACUUUGGAAAUUACAGCACAGUCUUAGAGCAGCCAGCAGAGGUCAUCUAUCAAGGAUACCAUGUGAUGGUGGCCCCGGCCCCACAUGCAGGUGUUGCCCUGAUCACUGCUCUAAACAUCCUGGAAGGCUACAACAUUACCAGCCAGGUGCCCAGGAACAACACCUACCAUUGGAUUGCAGAGGCUGUAAAGAUAGCUCUUGCCCUGGCUAGUGGGCUGGGAGACCCCAUGUAUGACACUUCUGUCUCGGAGAUUGUCACCAAGAUGCUGAGUAAAUCACAGGCCUCCAUACUCCGCCAGAUGAUCAACGACUCUCAGGCCUUCCCUGUCGGCCAUUACACUCCAUCAUUUACCAUGGAGAACAGUGCAGCAGCUGCCCAGGUCAUGGUCAUGGGCCCAGACGACCACAUUGUGUCAGUCAUGAGCUCUCUAAACAAACCAUUUGGCAGCGGGAUAGUGACUCCUUCAGGAAUCCUCCUAAAUAGCCAGAUACUGGACUUCUCCUGGCCUAAUAAAACACAGGGCUCAUCACUUAACCCGCAUAACAUCCUCCAGCCUGGAAAGAGGCCCAUGUCUUUCCUGAUGCCCACAGCAGUGAGGCCUGCCGUGGGGUUAUGUGGCACAUAUGUAGCCGUUGGAUCUUCCAAUGGGGAGAAAGCUCUCAGUGGCAUCACACAGGUGCUGAUGAAUGUGCUGUCCUCCCGUAAAAAUAUGAGUGACAGCUUAGCAUAUGGAAGGCUCCACCCACAUCUGCAGCCCAACACCCUGCUGGUAGACUCUGAGUUUCUAGACGAAGACGUGGAGCUGCUGCAAGCCAAAGGUCACAAGGUGGAGAGGAGAGAUGUUCUCUCACUGGUUGAGGGAACCCGGAGAACCAAUGACCUCAUCAUAGGGGUGAAAGACCCACGUAGUGCUGAUGCCUCUGCCCUCACUAUGUCCGUGCCCUAGUCCACCCCCUUUCCCAAUACUCACACAUAAUUAAGAAAGGGUAGAGUAACACUGUAUGAUCGUUAGUGAGGGAGUAAGGAGGCUGCUCAUCACUUAAUACACUAAAUGUAGGUUAAUGUUGAAGAAAGGUUGUUUGACAGAAAGAAACUGUGACGAGAUUAUAUGGAGCCUAGUGUUUUGAUCAGCACACAGAAAACUACAGAGGAUCAACAUCUCACAUGCUGGUGUCUGUAUUACUUCCUUCACAGCCUAGAGUUACGUUCAGUUGCACUGUAGAUAGUGUUCAAAAUGUAUGUAAGACAUCACUUAAUGGCAUUAGUCAAGUCUGAAGCAUGUAUUGUGCAGAGCAGGGUGUGUCCAAAAAUGUAAAUUCGAUGCACUCAAGGUCCACUUGAAGAAAGCAAUACACUCAAUAGGUUUAGAGUGGAUUUACUUAGUGGGCAUGAGAAAAACAAAAUGGAAGUUUAUCACUCUGAAUAUCGCCUCAGGAAUUGUGGGGGAAAUUAAUAAUGAACAAAUUGAUUCUUAUCAAAUACAGGAUGAAUGAAUCUAAUGAUGCUACAUCAUUAAGCCACUAAUUGUAUUAUGUGCAUGGCCCUAUAUAUUUCUGCUUUUGGAUUAUUCUACAUUUCACCAUAGUUUGAAAGAACACAUAGGUUCACAUGGAAUGUUAAAGGUUAUAAUAUUUAAACCACUAAUUAAGCCUUGUAUUGUCACACCUAAACAUAUACUAUCUUAAACCAAACAAAGAGGCUAAACCAUUCACUAUCAUUUUCUUUAAAUGGUGUUUAACUGUGAUUAGAUGUUGUUUGGUAUAGCUGCUGGAGUUUUAACCGUUGCAAACAAUCAAUGGCUUCUUGGGACUGUGUACAAAUGAUUAACAAAUUAUACGGCAUUCAAAAUUAUCCAUUAAUUUCCUCUACAGAAUUUGCUUCGGUUUUACAGGUGUAAAUUAUUACUUAUGAUAGAGCAAGUGUAUUUAAAUAUAUUAUUUAAGAUAUUUUAGUUGUGGCAUGAUUUUGCUCUCUUUUAAGCUUGUUGUUUACAUUUUUCAUUUUAAAUUUAGACAUGGGAUACUUGUUUUUAGAAUAAGAAUAAUCUGAUUCUUUACAAAAGGAUGAAUGUAAACUGUCUAUUUUUAUAUGAACAUUUUUUUGGGCUGUAAACAUUAUUUCUACUGUUGUAACACAAUUUGCAUUACUUCAGCUUAUUUUAGAAAAGGCUGUAAAGUUUAUCUUUUGUGUACUUGUGUAAUUAUUUUUGUAAAGCAUUGCAUUCUAAAAGUGGUUCAAUUUCAUUGAAUUCCAGGAUGGCAGAUGCUGACUGAUCAAAUGAGCCCUUAACCUUUCUGUCUGUUGUUUGGCACUAGUGCAAUAUGACUGUUGAUGCUUUCCCCCUGUACGGUAGAGUACCAUGCCUCAAGGCAAACAUUUGCACAACACCUGAUGUUUAAUUCCAUAUGCAUUUUUAUCAGAUUUUAAUCAAAAUCAGCACUGUCAACCCAAAAAAUAAAAUGUUUGCACACUUCUUAA